GAACCUGUUUGUCUCCUAGGAAAACAUCAUGGCCGCCAUGGAUGGACAACAAGUUAUGCGAGAAAAUGAAUUUUCUCCCGUGGUUGAGGGAAAUUUAGUUCAUACUGGUGGAGAAACGCAUAUUCUUAACUACGACACAAAUGUUUUGUCGCUAGACAAUGUGCGAGAACCAACAGAAUUGACGGACGGCGAAGAUAACGAAGUGUGCGAGUCGGAUGACGAAGACGAGGAUAUUGAGCUCUCUCCUGGUGGGAUUCUUGAUGAGGAAACCAUUGGAAGAAAUUUGUCAAAUCUUGGAAGAUCAGCUGAUGGAUCACAACAAGUGUUCCUCCAUGUUACUGUCGCCGGUUUCAGCUUAAAAGAUAUUUCAGCUCUAGCAGCUUUCGUGCAUCUCCAGAAGGUGGAAUUGCCAUACAAUGAACUUACAGAUUUAGCUCCCCUUAGUUCCCUUCAGUACAUGCUGAUCCUGGAUGUUUCCCACAACAAGCUUACAAAACUUCUAGACUUUACACCACCAAAGAACUUAAGGGAGGCCAACUUUGGUUACAAUGAAAUUGAGGAAAUGACAGAUCUCUCAGCGUACCAUUACAUAAGCAGUCUCAAUUUGGAUCACAAUAAAAUAUCCAAAAUCACAGGGCUGGCAAAAUGUACACGUCUACAGGACCUUAGUCUUGCCCACAACAAAAUAGAGAAGAUACAUGGGCUGGAAAAUCUCCCCAUACAGAGCCUCAAUCUGUGUCACAAUCAUAUCAAGAAGAUUGAAAACUUGGAGACCCUGCAUCUAUUGAGGAUUGUCAAUUUGGCGGGUAACAACAUCCGUAGUUUAGCGGGGCUGGAGGAUCACUCUUUGCUGGAGAAUGUAGACCUAGAGGAUAAUGAGGUCAUCGAUAUCUCAGAGAUGAAAUACAUCAAGGAUUCUCAGAUGUUACGACAGCUUAAUCUGUUACGUAACCCUAUACAAGAACUUCCGGAUUACCGCUUGUCCAUUCUGUUCCGGAUGAAGAGUUUGACUGAUCUAGACCGACACAGGGUGGAAGUAGAAGAAAAGGUAGCAGCUGUAAACAUGUUUAACCCCCCUGCGGAGAUUGUUGCGGCCCGGGACCAUAUCAUGCACGUUGUGUAUUCCUUCCUCCAGCCUAGUCGUAUUCUGGACAACACCUUGCCCAGUAUGGAGACCCCGUACCCCAUGUUGGUGCUAGUCGGACCUCAAGGUUCGGGGAAAAAAGACCUGGCCUUAAAACUAGUGGAUGAAUUCUCGGAUUACUUUGGUUACUGUGUAACACACACUACACGUAAACCUCACAAGGAUGAGACCCCGGGCAAGGACUACCGCUUUGUAGAUCUGGAGAAAUUCGAAUUUGACAUCAGAUGGGGGCAGUUUAUCCAGACCCACCAAUACCACGGUCACUGGUACGGACUUCAGAUGCAGUCAAUUGAGGACAUUGCCCGGGAGGGCCUGGCGUGCGUGGUUCAUAUGGAAUUAGAGGGUGUGCUGACACUUAAGAAUACCUACUUUGAGCCUCGUUAUGUUCUGAUCAUGCCCCUGAGCUCAGAUUGUCAUGAGAAGCGGCUCAGAGAACGAGGUCUGUACUCAGAAUCUCAGAUUGAGAGUAAUCUCGAGAGAGCCGAGAUGUACCAGGAAUACAACAGGAACCAUCCAGGCUUCUUCGACAUGAUGAUCAACAGUGAUGACAUAGAAGAGGCGUACAGGCAUCUACGAAGACUAGUCAUGGACUACCUCGGCAUCAGCAUCCCGUCGUACGAGUCAGAAGUCGGUGACAUCACCGAGACAAAAGACACAGACAACAAUGCCCCCACAGGAACGCAGCUAGGGACAAGGACCUGGUCUCGCCCGAGCAUUCCCGAUAGCAUGUCCCAGCAGUACACCAGGGGGAAGACCACCCAGUCACCCGUCCUGUCAGGGAGGGGGAUACUGGAGGAAAUGUCACUGAAGAGAAGACACAGUGCAGCGAGGGCAUCUGUAGCAGGGUAUAUCCCACCACUGUUUGAGCAGAUAACAUCUCAAUAUCCUAAAACAGCUCCCCAGACAGUGGACAACCAGGUUGGUCUUGAUGUGGUUACCAUGACAGAGGACAUGAACCGGUCACAGUCGGCCCCUGUCAACAACAAACCCACUCAGUCCGACGAAGACACAUCUGACGAUGACCAAUCAGAUUCCAGCAUGUCAAUGUCAUCUGCGGGUAAAAUCGCUCGGUCUCCCGAAGGCUCCAUUCACAACGGCAAAGAUCCCCACCUCCCAACAGAGACCAUGAACCCCAUGGAACUCUCCAAUCCCCGCCCUCCCUCCGUGCCCCGUCCUGGAUCUCGGGGUCGCCCAGGGUCCGACAGACAUAAAGUGCUGCCACCUAUUAAUCAGAAGGGGUCUUACGUUCCGGAAUACUAGCAUCAUCGAACAUUUCAUGUACAUGGCAUUUAUAAACUGUAACAGAUUUGUAUUAAUGGUGUUGUGACAUGGGAAGACCAUUAUCACAUAUGUAUUGAUAGAGUGAUGAAAUGAAGAAAAAGCUGUGAUAGUUCGUAAACAAUUCCUCUUUCUGUGGAUAUUACUUUUUAAACUACAUUAUGUAUAUUUUUCAUGAUCAUUUUGUAUAUUCAUUAAUAUGCAUGUAUAUAUAUUCCUGGUGAUGUUUGAAUAAAUAUGUAUAAAUUUC